GGUUACUCUAUUAGUUCCCGACGCUGGGGUUCUUCCUUUUUGCUGAGUAGAAGAAGAAAAAAGUUGCAGCCACCAAAAUCAGAUCCGACAAUGCCGAAGCAAAUCCACGAAAUCAAGGACUUCCUUUUGACAGCGAGAAGGAAGGAUGCUAGGUCUGUGAAGAUUAAGAGAAGCAAGGACAUUGUUAAGUUCAAAGUCAGGUGCUCAAGGUACCUCUACACACUAUGUGUCUUCGACCAAGAGAAGGCUGAUAAGUUGAAGCAGUCUCUUCCUCCGGGUUUGAGUGUUCAAGACCUUUGAAUAUCUCAGUAUCUGUCAUGAUGGUUCCCAACUGUGUCGGAAGUUUUUUAUAUACCCCUUUGUCUUUAGAAGAUUUUGUUUUUCUCUCUGCUCUCUGUCUUUUGAAUUACUAUGAAUCAGACUUUCCUUGAGUUUCUUUGUUUGAAUACUAUUAUGAGAGAAUGGAUUUGUAUUUUGCUAUCCGAUUAGUAAUAUAUAGAUCUCGAAAGAUCUCAGAGUUGUGUGCGUAUGAGAAUUAAGCACGCACAUCA